AUGCUCGUCGCGACGCCCCCUGCGGGACCCGCGGGGCGCCCGCCUGCAGCAGCUGCCGCCCCUGGACCCGGUACGCCCUGUGCUGCCCGUGCCUGUGCUGCCCGUGCCUGUUGCUGCCCGUGCCUGUGCUGCCCGUGCCUGUUGCUGCCCGUGCCUGUGCUGCCCGUGCCUGUGCUGCCCGUGCCUGUGCUGCCCGUGCCUGUGCUGCCCGUGCCUGUGCUGCCCGUGCCUGUGCUGCCCGUGCCUGUUGCUGCCCGUGCCUGUGCUGCCCGUGCCUGUGCUGCCCGUGCCUGUGCUGCCCGUGCCUGUUGCUGCCCGUGCCUGUUGCUGCCCGUGCCUGUGCUGCCCGUGCCUGUGCUGCCCGUGCCUGUUGCUGCCCGUGCCUGUUGCUGCCCGUGCCUGUGCUGCCCGUGCCUGUGCUGCCCGUGCCUGUGCUGCCUGUGCCUGUGCUGCCCGUGCCUGUGCUGCCCGUGCCUGUGCUGCCCGUGCCUGUUGCUGCCCGUGCCUGUUGCUGCCCGUGCCUGUGCUGCCCGUGCCUGUGCUGCCCGUGCCUGUGCUGCCCGUGCCUGUUGCUGCCCGUGCCUGUUGCUGCCCGUGCCUGUUGCUGCCCGUGCCUGUGCUGCCCGUGCCUGUGCUGCCCGUGCCUGUUGCUGCCCGUGCCUGUUGCUGCCCGUGCCUGUGCUGCCCGUGCCUGUGCUGCCCGUGCCUGUGCUGCCUGUGCCUGUGCUGCCCGUGCCUGUGCUGCCCGUGCCUGUGCUGCCCGUGCCUGUUGCUGCCCGUGCCUGUUGCUGCCCGUGCCUGUGCUGCCCGUGCCUGUGCUGCCCGUGCCUGUGCUGCCCGUGCCUGUUGCUGCCCGUGCCUGUUGCUGCCCGUGCCUGUGCUGCCCGUGCCUGUGCUGCCCGUGCCUGUUGCUGCCCGUGCCUGUUGCUGCCCGUGCCUGUGCUGCCCGUGCCUGUGCUGCCCGUGCCUGUGCUGCCUGUGCCUGUGCUGCCCGUGCCUGUGCUGCCCGUGCCUGUGCUGCCCGUGCCUGUUGCUGCCCGUGCCUGUUGCUGCCCGUGCCUGUGCUGCCCGUGCCUGUGCUGCCCGUGCCUGUUGCUGCCCGUGCCUGUGCUGCCCGUGCCUGUUGCUGCCCGUGCCUGUGCUGCCCGUGCCUGUGCUGCCCGUGCCUGUUGCUGCCCGUGCCUGUGCUGCCCGUGCCUGUGCUGCCCGUGCCUCUUGCUGCCCGUGCCUGUGCUGCCCGUGCCUGUGCUGCCCGUGCCUGUGCUGCCCGUGCCUGUUGCUGCCCGUGCCUGUGCUGCCCGUGCCUGUGCUGCCCGUGCCUGUUGCUGCCCGUGCCUAGUGCGCUCUGCUACUGUCUGCGCCCCCGUUUCCGGCUGUCGCUGA